AAAUUCUACGGAAGAAAUUAAUUGCGGACAGGUGUUCAUGCAAACUGGUUCCGGGUAUCAACAGUCUGGUGGCUAACGUUAGCUGGAAGGCAAUCUCCUCUCCUCAUUCUUCUGCUGAGUGGAUUAACAGAAACUCCGGAACAAGAUGGAUGGUGAAGAAAGAACCUAUGGUGGCUGUGAAGGGCCAGAUGCCAUGUAUGUGAAGUUGAUCUCUUCAGAUGGCCAUGAAUUCAUUGUGAAAAGAGAACAUGCCUUGACAUCUGGCACUAUCAAAGCCAUGUUGAGUGGGCCAGGUCAGUUUGCUGAGAAUGAAACCAAUGAAGUGAACUUCAGGGAGAUUCCAUCUCACGUCUUGUCCAAAGUCUGCAUGUAUUUUACGUACAAGGUCCGUUACACCAACAGCUCCACAGAAAUACCUGAAUUUCCCAUCGCUCCGGAGAUUGCGCUGGAACUGCUCAUGGCUGCAAACUUUUUGGAUUGCUAAAGUUAAAGUUACAAAGAUAAUGUUGAAGUAUAAAACAUUUUAAUUUUUUUUUUUUGAAUUAGCUUGUUUUCCCAUGUAAACCAUAUAAAACACAGUGCAUUUUUUGUUCGUUUGUUUUUGCACCUGGCUUUCUGUCCUAAUUUUAAUAGUAUUAAAGGAUUUCAUUUUAAUAUAAUAAAUAAAUAUGGCAGGCUGCAUCCCUUUCUUAUCCCAUGAAUGUGAUAAAUGAACCCCCUGCCACAGAAAUCUUUCUUCACCUCCAUCUUAAUAAAGACUUGUUUGGUGAGCA